AUGUCGACGCCCAGGGCUGAUGAUGGCCCGGCUGGCAACAGGCCGGGCUCUCGCUCGACUGGCGAGCCCACCAACAACGCCAACGGCGCCCACGAGGACAAUGAUCUUUCCCCGCUGAAGACGAACGACCGCCAGACCAUCACCUCGAACCUGGGCGAGCCCGUCGAAAGAGUUGCAACUACUGCCCAGCAGGGUGUCACCAAGGUCGAGGCCUUCAACAAGGUGCUGUACCAGUCGGGCCCGACGGGCAAGAUCCUGCUAUGGCUGCUGGGCGUGUCCAUCGGCCUGACCAUGUUCGCAUAUGCCCUCGACCAGGGCAUCACGUCCACCAUCUUCACCACCAUGGCCAGCUCCACCUUUGGGCAGCACAGCUCACUCGCCGCCGUCAGCACAGCCAGCCAGAUCGUGCGUGCCAUCGCCAAGCCUUUCAUCGGAAAGCUGGCCGACAUCACCUCGCGGCCCACCACCUACGUCGUGAUCCUGGUCUUCUAUGUCAUCGGCUUCGUCGUCGCCGCCAGCUCCAGCACCUUUGCUGCCUACACCAUCGGUAUCUGCUUCACGUCGGUCGGCAAGUCCGGCCUUGACCUGCUGAGCGACAUCAUCGUCGGUGAUCUGACCCCGCUCGAGUGGCGUGGCUUCUUCGGCGCCCUCCUGGCCAUCCCCUUCGUCAUCACCGUGCCCGUCAACGGCUUCAUUGCCGAGGGUUUCGUCGACAACUGGCGAUGGGGCCUGGGCAUGUUCGCCAUCAUGGUCCCCGUGCUGCUGACCCCGGCCAUCUUCACGCUGUACGCCAUGCAGCGCCGCGGAGAGAAGAUGGGCAUGGUCACCAUUGCCGGCUCCAAGCAGGAGAGGACCGGUGCCGCUGCUGACGGCGCCUCCAAGAAGGGUGCUGCCCACUGGACCAAGCUUGCGUACCAGGGCCUGAUCGACAUCGACAUCCUGGGGCUCAUCAUCCUCGGCGUGUCCUUCGCCCUGCUGCUGCUGCCGCUGACCUUGGCCGAGGACGCCGACGGCGGGUGGCAGAACGGGAGCAUCAUCGCCAUGCUCGUCGUGGGCUUCGUGCUGCUCAUCGCAUUUAUCCUCUUCGAGGUUUACCUGGCGCCCGUGCCGCUCAUGAGCCAGCGCGUGCUCAACAACCGCGCCUUCAUCGCCGGUGUCAUCGUCUUCACCUUCAACCAGACCGCCUCGUCUGUCCGCAACACCUACUUCUCCUCGUACAUCUAUGUCAUCAAGGAGUGGACCACCUACCAGUGGACCAUCUUCCUGGGCAUCACGACCAUGGGCCUCAGUCUCCUGGGCCCCAUCGUCGGCCUCAUCCAGCGCCACACCCAUCGCUACAAGUCCAUGAUGCUCUUCGGCGCCGUCGCGAGGAUGAUCGCCUACGGCAUCCUGGUCAACGGCGGCAGCGGGUCCAUGACCCAGGACACGGGCCGCCUCGUCGCCGCGCAGCUCAUCUUCUGCCUGGGCUCCUUCAACGUCGUCGGCGCUCGCGUGGGAACCCAGGCCGCGGUGCCGCACGAGGACAUGGCCACCGUCAUCGCCCUGCUGGCGCUGUGGUCGACGCUGGGCUCCUCGGUCGGCAGCGCCAUCUCGUCCGCCAUCUGGACCAACGAGAUGCUGUCGCGCAUGUACGACGAGAUGAUCCCGGCCGGGGCGGACAAGAAGACCAUCGACAAGCUGUACGGGUCCAUCAAGAAGCUGCGCUCCGGCUACGCCUUCGACGACCCCAUCCGCCAGGCCGCCAUCCGCGCCUACGCCGCCAUCAACGGCCACAUCGCCAUCGCCGCCCUCGUGCUGGCCUGCAUCCCCACCGUCGCCACCCUGUUCAUGCCCGACUUCUACCUCGGCAAGCAGCAGAACGCCAUCACCAACACCGGCCUCGACGGCGAGCGCGUCGACGUCCCCGGGCGCGAGGACGGCGCCCAGGUGAUGGACAAUGCCCCGCAGAAGUCGGACAAGUGGUACUCCAAGUUCAUGAGCGCCUACCGGCGAGACAUGUAA